GAAACUGGGGAUGGGUGGCUCAGGUUACAGGGCAGGAAUAAAUAUUCAGGGCCUGCUAAGGGAAGAUUCAUUUGCUGGGAGCUCCUGAGACCCUAGAGGAAGCAACCUGCCAUGCUGCUUCCCCUUCUUUCCAUGCUGUUUCUGCUCACACAGCCCCAGGGGCACCUGGGAGCUGGAAUGAAGAGCUACCAGCCUAGAACACUGGCAAAUGCCUGCACUCUGGUCAUAUGCAGCCCCGCAGAGAAUGGCUUGCCUGGCCGUGAUGGCCGGGAUGGGAGAGAGGGCCCCCGUGGCGAGAAGGGCUAUCCAGGCCUUCCAGGAGCUGUAGGGCCAGCAGGGAUGCCUGGACAAGCUGGCCUAGUUGGGCCCAAAGGGGACAAUGGCUCUGCUGGAGAGCCUGGACCAAAGGGCGAUUCUGGACCAAUUGGACCUCCAGGACUUCCAGGUGUGCCUGGUCCUGCAGGAAAAGAUGGUCCCCCUGGAAAGCAGGGGAACAUAGGCCCUCAAGGCAAACCAGGCCCCAAAGGAGAGGCUGGGCCCAAAGGAGAAACAGGUGCCCCCGGCACGCAGGGCUCUGCAGGAGCAAGAGGCCCCACAGGCCCUAAAGGGGAGAGAGGUGCCCCUGGUGAACUCGGGCCCUCUGGAAAUCCUGGGGCAGCAGGGCCUGCUGGAGCUGUGGGUCCACAGGGACCUCUGGGUGCCAGGGGACCCCCAGGACUGAAGGGCGACAGAGGUGCUCCUGGAGACAAAGGAGACAAGGGUGAAAGUGGGCUUCCAGACAUUGCUUCUCUAAAGCAGCAGGUGGGGGCCUUGCAGGGCCAGUUACAGAACCUCCAGGCUGCCUUCUCUCACUACAAGAAAGCCAUGCUCUUCCCCAAUGGCCGAAGUGUUGGGGACAAGAUUUUCAAGACAAUGGGUGCUGAAAAAAGUUUUGAAGGGGCACAGAAGAUAUGCAGUCAGGCUGGUGGACAGACAGCCUCCCCACGCUCUGCAGCAGAGAAUGCUGCUUUGCAGGAGCUGGUCACAGCUCAGAAUAAGGCUGCUUUCCUGAGCAUGACAGACAGCAAGAAGGAGGGCACGUUUGUCUACCCCUCAGGGGAGCCCCUGGUCUACUCCAACUGGGCCCCUGGGGAGCCCAACAACAAUGGUGGGGCAGAGAACUGCGUGGAGAUAUUCACCAACGGCAAGUGGAAUGACAAGGCUUGUGGAGAGCAUCGCCUAGUGGUCUGCGAGUUCUGAGCCCCUCCGGGGGCGGGGUGCCACCAUCCCAAUAAAAAGGUGAUCUAUGCCAGCCCAAAGCAGCCAAAAAGAAUACCGCAGGUAGAUGCCUCUCAGAGGAAAAUGCAAGACGCCUUCCCACAAUGAAGCCCAGCAGAGAAGGGCUUCUGUUCUCCCAGUUGCAAGAAAUAAAAGUCAGUUUCCUCUACCUCAACACAAAA